AUGGAGUUUAUUAACUGGAUUCGUGGCGCUUUGACCUCGCUUGGUUUUCUCGACAAGCAAGCAAAGCUCUUCUUCUCGGACUCGACAACUCCGUUCAGAAUCGACAAUGCUGUGUGUACCGCAUUCGACCUUGGGGGUCACCAGCAAGCCAGGCGCCUCUGGAGAGAUUACUUUCCGGAGGUUGGCGGGAUUAUAUUUGUCGUCGAUGCCGCGGAUCCCGAGCGCUUCGCAGAAGCUAAAGCCGAGCUGUUGGCUCUUCUUACCAUGGAGGAGUUAGCCAAGGUUACUUUUCUUGUGCUAGGAAAUAAGACCGACCAUCCCAACGCUGUAUCAGAUGUCGAACUUCGUUCCCAGCUAGGUCUUGACAAUCUCGUACGCGACAAGGUCGGAUUUUUCAUGUGUUCCGUAGCCAAGAGGCAGGGAUACGAAGAAGGUCUGCGCUGGCUUGCCCGGUCCAUUUAA